UCCCGUCCGCGCGCAACCUGCGGUGCGACGCGCGCGUUUCUACGGUGCGGCGAACAGACGCGUUUUUGCGGACACCCCCGGUGUCCUUCGUCCUCCUUACUCAUCCUCUUCUACUUCUGCUUUUUUCUUCUUCUCCUCCUCCUCCUCCACGCUGCCUGGCUUGUCCCACAUAGCGGUGAACUGUUUCCACACUGAAGAGAGAGAGAGAGAGAGAGAGAGAGAACCCGAGGCGCUGACUAAGAGGGAGAAGGCGGACAGGAGAAGGAAGACGGAUAAAGAGAGAGGGAGGAGAAAAAGGAAGAGAAGUGGCCGCGUAGAGCUGCGUCUCCACUCGAGAAGAUGCUGAGGAUAGCCGGCGUGCUGGCCGUCGUGGCCCUGGGGCUGAGCGCCGCGCGCACCAAAGUGAACAAGCACAAGCCGUGGAUCGAGACGUCGUACCACGGGGUCAUCGCCGAAAACACCGACGUGGUCCUGCUGGACCCUCCUCUGGUGGCCCUGGACAAGGACGCCCCCGUCCCCUACGCAGGGGAGAUCUGUGCGUUCAUCAUCCACGGGCUGGAGGCCCCGUUCGAGGCCGUGGUUCUGAACGGGACGUCCGGCGAGGGCCAGCUGAGGGCCCGCGGCCCCGUGGACUGCGAGCGGCAGAAGGAAUACACCUUCAUCAUCCAGGCGCACGACUGCGGCUCGGGCCCCGGGGGGGCGGAGGUCAAGAGGUCACACAAGGCGGUGGUGCACAUUCAGGUGAACGACGUGAACGAGUUCGCCCCGGUGUUCCGGGAGCCGCAGUACCGCGCCGCGGUGACGGAGGGCAAGAUCUACGACAGCAUCCUGCAGGUGGAGGCCACGGACCAGGACUGCUCCCCGCAGUACAGCCAGAUCUGCAACUACCAGAUCACCUCCACCGGCACGCCCUUCGCCAUCGACCGCAACGGAAACAUCCGGAACACGGAGAAGCUGAGCUACGACCGGCAGCAGCGCUACGAGGUCCAGGUCACGGCGUGGGACUGCGGCCAGAAGAGGGCGCUGCAGAGCGUGACCGUGCGCAUCGACGUCAAGCCCGUCUGCAAGCCCGGCUGGCAAGAUUGGAGUCAGCGAGUGGACUAUGAGCCGGGCACGGGGAGCAAGCAGCUGUUUCCCAGAAUGCACCUGGAGACGUGCGGCGGGCCGCUGUCGUCGGUGAGGACCACGGUGGAGCUGCAGACGAGCCACAUCGGGAAAGGCUGCGACCGCGAGACCUACUCGGAGAAGUCCCUCCAGAAGCUCUGCGGGGCCUCCUCGGGCAGCACCGACCUCCUGCCGGCCCCCAGCGCCGCCACCAACUGGACCGCCUCCCUGGUGACGGACAGCGGCCGCGACAGCGACCUCAUCUUCCGGUUCGACGGGCGCCAGGCGGCCAACAUCCCGGACCGGGUGGUCCCCCAGAACCUCACGGACCAGUUCACCAUCGCCACCUGGAUGGAGCACGGGCCCAGCCCCGGGGCCCGGGCCGAGAAGGAGACGCUGCUCUGCAACUCCGACAAGACCGAGAUGAACCGCCACCACUACUCUCUGUACGUCCAUAACUGCCGCCUGGUGUUCCUGCUGAGGAGAGACUUCACCCAGGUGGACACCUUCCGCCCGGCCGAGUUCCACUGGAAGCUGGAGCAGAUCUGUGACAAGGAGUGGCAUUACUACGUCAUCAACGUGGAGUUCCCGGUGGUGACCCUCUACGUGGACGGAGUGACCUACGACCCCUACCUGGUGACGGACGACUGGCCCAUCCACCCCUCGCUGAUCGACCUGCAGCUCACGGUCGGCGCCUGCUGGCAAGGUGGGGAGGUGACCAAGCUGCGGUUCACCCAGUACUUCCGGGGCAGCCUGUCGGGACUGACCGUCCGGCCGGGGAAGAUCGAGAGUCAGAAGGUCAUUUCCUGUCUGCAGGCCUGCAAAGAGGGCCUGGACAUCAACUCCCCCGAGAGUCUGGACAAGAGCAUCAAGUUCCACUUCAACCCCGCUCAGUCCAUCCUGGUGAUGGAGGGCGAGGACUUGGAGAACAUGGACGCCGCCGUGAGGAAAGUCUCCUACAUCAACUCUCGGCAGUUCCCCACGUCGGGCAUCCGGCGGCUGCACAUCGCCACCGCCGUGCAGUGUUUCGGGGAGGACACCUGUCUCACCAUCCCGGACAUUGACGCGGUGGUGAUGGUGUCGCAGCCCAGCGAGCCCCGGAUCACCAUCAGCGGGGCGGAGCGGCUGACCCGGCCCGCCUCCGACUUCCGGCCGCCGGGAGGCACGGCGCCGUUCAGGGACCUCCGCAUCAGCAGCACGGUCACCAGAGCGGACGCCACCGCGCACGACACAGCACGUCGACCCGGGGUGCUGGAGAUCAUCCACAACCUGGACUACUGCGACGUCCUGGUUUUGGGGGAGGAGCUAAGGCCGGAGGAGGAGUCCCUGCAGCUGCGGCGCGGCGCUCUGCUCGGGAAACACCUGGACGCCACCAACUCCACCUCCGGCGUGUCCGUCUACGGCGUGGACUCCAUGUCCAACUACGAGCAGGUGAUCCGACAGGUGAUCUACUGCAGCCGGCGGCCGGACCCGGAGAGGAGGUUCCGCCUCACCUGCUCGGAGCUCAACGGACGCUACACCAGCAACGAGUUCCACCUGGAGGUGGGCGCGCUCCACAGCGCGGAGGCGAGGGAGCACGUCGACCACAUGGUGGCGCCGCCUCAGUACAUGCAGGUGAUGCACAACCCGGCCAUGAUCCAGGACCGGCACCCACACAGCUCAGCCGUGCCCAGCGCUGCCACCGUGGUCAUCGUGCUCUGCAUCGCCGCCCUGGUGGCGGUGGUGGUGCUCGGCAUCUACCGCGUCCACCUCACCCACCAGCAGGAGGUCCGGCUGGCGGAGGGCGCCAAGGAGGCGGAGGACGGCGCCCUGACCAUCACGGUCAACCCGAUGGAGAACCUGGCGGGGCCGCAGGCUGCAGAGGAGGAAGAGGAGGACGACGAGGAGGACGAGGACGAGGAGGAGGAUGACAUCACCAGCGCCGAGUCGGACGACAGUGAGGAGGACGUGGACGUCCAGCUACCCAGAAUGCAACGCCAGAGCGAGAGGGGACAACACUGGGACAACACGACGAUAUCUUAUUGAAACACACACACACACACACACACACACACACACACACACACACACAGUCUGCGACACACACACGGUUGAAAACAUAAAAAGACUUUUGUGACGUCGGUGCUCUAGAAUGAGGUAAUAUCGCCCCCUGCUGGACGACGUAGACACUGCAGUGAUUUGACCUCAGAAAACCGGUUUUAAUAACACAACAAAUCAAUAAAGACCCGUCUUAAAGGGACAGCGCUGUGUUUUCCUCGAAGCAUCUCUCUCCCAUGACGGCGACGCCAUCACUCCGACCUUUAGUGAAAUAAACUUCUUUAAAUCUCGUUUUACGUCAACCGAACCGUGAAAAAAAAUGCAAGAAAAGUCAAUUAAGAAACUGACUAUUUUUUGGGGGGUUUGUAUUUUGGGUUAUUUAUCAGUCUUUAUUCUCGCCUACACGUCGGGGGGCUAAAAGGGAUUUUUCAGAAAUAGCAUAUUUUCAAUGGUAAUCAAAAAAGAAAAACACCAAAAAAACAAUACAAUGAUCUGUGUGUCGUCAUGGUGACCUAGCCGAGGGGGGUCCGGGGGUUCUGGAGUUAAAACAGAGGAGUCUCCUUGUACAUUUUUAUACGCUCCGUUCAUGUAAAUAUUGAGUAUAGUAGGUGACCCCCCCCCCCCCCCCCCUACUCCCUAACACCACCUUCUCCACCUGUACACACACACACCUGUUCAUCCUGUAUGUACCUGAACCUCACUCAACCCUCAGUAAAUGUGUUUGUUUGUGUUCAGGUCACGUGACCUUCUGGGUCAGAAAAGAGGGCGUGCCCAAAUUAGAUCUUCGUCUCAGGGGGCGGAGCUACACCAUUAAUACUGCUGUGUCCUUCAUUAAUGCUGCAGAGACUAGAUUCAAAAUAAUAGAGCGUGAGGAUUCGUUAGGCCGAUACUAAUAACCUUAUUUUAAUUAAAACAGUUGGAUUAUUCUAUUUAUUUUUUAUUUAUUUUUUACAUUUUGAAAAAAGUUAGUUUAUUUUUUAAUAAAUAUCCUUUAAAUCAAAAAGCUGUAAUAUAAUAUAAUAGAGAAUAUGUGCCAAGUGGACGAUUUUACUGGAUAGAAAAAAUACAAGAGGAAAUAUUACAGUUUAAAAGUAAGGCUCAAAUGUGUAUAUCCAUGUAUAUGUAUUUAGCCUUUAUUUAUUUUAAUUAUUAAAUUGAAUAAGAACUAAUAUAUAGCACAUAUAUAUACAGUAUAUCUAUAUUAAAUGGAGGUUAAAGCUCCGCUUCUAUUUUUAUGUUAAGUGCACAUCAGCACCUCGUGGUGGUUUUAUAACUCUUUAAUGUUUUGAUUCAGUCAUCAGUUAUUUCUGAUACUUAUUUCAGAUAAGAAACCUUGAAGAACUACAACCUUUGAACGCCACGCAGCAUUAAUGAAGGACCCGAGGGGCGAAGCAGCAGAACUACAAAACCUAGAACAUAAAACAAUGAAAUGCACCCGACAGCGUCACAUCCAGCUUCAUCAGGUGUCUCCACCUGGAAGGGGAAGAACUUUAAUCUCUAACUGGGGCCGUCCGUUUGAGUCCGGUGGGCGGAGCUUAUGUCCGGUGGGCGGAGCUUCUGCUGGGAGCGCCUCCUGCCUGUGUGUUCUGUAGCUCUGUGUUCAUGUAAAGAUCUCAUAUGUCGUUUAGGACUUUUCCUCAUCUACUGUGACACCUGUUCUUGUGACGUCACCUUGCACCUUUGCACCCCCCCCCCCCGCCCAUCACAAACCUUUGGUGGAUUUUGCAUUUUGCAUCAGCCAGCCCUAAUGUUGUCCUGACGUUUGUUUUAGAAGAGGACGAUGAAAUCAACAUGGAAACCUUGUAAAAUGUGUAAGUUAGUUUUUCUUCUUUUUUUAUUUCUUUUUUUGUUUAUCUUUAUUUUGUUCCUGGACUCUUUGGUCUGUUUUUCUUUUGGUCACUGCAGCACUUUCUGUACAUCGGCCAAUAAAAACUUGUUUUGGAAUCUA